CAUGAACAGACAACCAAGGAUUGCUCUGACUCUGAGCAAAGGAGCAUUAGACGCCGAAGCACAAACAGGAAAAGCAGCUAAAGCAAACUGCGCUGGGAGAAAACAAAGAAGUAAGAAAGAACCAUCAGUGAUAUACUCAGGUAGAAGAAAAGAUACUGUGCCCGUAUUAUAAAAACAGCUAUUACACAGAUACAUUUAUGCUUGCCACUCCAAAAAAAAAAAAAAAAUUCAGAGGAAAAAGAGCUCCCUUAGCAAUUAAAACCAUGAUAGGGAAAUGAAAAACCCAAUAGAAGGGUUCGAAGGUAAAGUGACGAUAUCUCCAAAAGAAGAGCAAAAAGGAGAAAAGAUGGGGAAAAUAGAGGAAAAAAGAUCAGAAAAUUGGAGGACCAGUCUAGAAAGCCCACACCUGAAUAACAGAGGUUCUAGAGACAACAGAAAUAUAGGUGAGGAAAUUAACAGUAAAAUACUUCAAGAAAAUUCUCUGUAACUGAAAGACAUGAGUGUGCAGAUUUCGAAGUACUAAGUUCUCACCUCAAGCCGCAUCCUCUAAGAUUUCAGACCACAGGGGACUAAGAAGAGAGUAGAAAUUUCCCAAAGGAAAAAGACACAUCACUUACAGAGCAUCAGGAAGCAAAAUGGCGUUGAGGCUUCUUAACAGCAGUGUUACAAGCAAGAAAAGGAUGCAUAAUGUCUUCAAAAUUAUGGAGGGAAAUCUCUAAUCAUUUUUAUACCAAGUGAAGGGAUGGAAAAUAGACAUUUCCCAACAACAACAAAGAAGCACCUUCCAUGCAUCCUUUUCUAAGGAGUUACUAGAGAACACACACCACCAAAACAAGAGAAGAAGCCAGCAAAGAGAGAAAGUGGGGUGCCAGACAUAGCGAUUAAUUAACACAGGAGAGGGAUGAGGGAAAAGCCCCCAUGGACUGUGAAGGGGAACUCCAAGAGCAUGGCUGGGCACCAGACCUAGCGGUUGGGCAGUUGACAUCUGGCAGUGUGACUCAGGGCUGUCAUCGCCAACUCAGUGGCUGGUGGUGUUAUUGAUUUAACCUGAGGACUCAUUGCCUGGAGGAGCCUGGUCCAGAUUCUUAUCUGCACUUGGCCUUUUUGCUCAUGUGCUGGUGAAGCUCCUGUGCAUUCCUUCUUGCCCCCCUUACCGGAUAGACGAGUGUUUUCUUUGCCCAACCCGAGAACUAGAGGUAGGCCAAGGUGAAUUUAGAGCUAGGAAAUAUAGAAGAGCUCAUGCUUGUGUAUGUGACCUUAUUUGGAAAUUGAGUCUUUGUAGAUGUAAUCAAGUCAAGAUGAGGCUGCACUAGAUUAAGACUGGCUCUAAUCCAAUGACUGGUUUCUGUAUAAGAAGAGAGAAGUUUGGAUACGGACACACAGAGAUUAGAAGGCCACGGGAAGACACAGAGACAGAGACACACAGGGCACACAGCCAGAUGAAGACGUUGGAGUUAAUGCUGCCCUGAUUCAAGGAGCACCAAGAAUUGCUGGCAGCCACCAGCAGCUAGAAGAGGCAGGGAAGGAUUCUUCCUUUCCCAGAGCCUUUGAAGGGAGAGGAGCCCUGCUGACACCUUGACUUUGGACUAGAAGUCUAGCCUCCAGAACUGAGAGAGAUCUGCACAGAAGGCCCUUAAGGGCAGAAUCACUAGCUUAUCCUCCCUGCGGUCCCCCACCCGACCUGGCAGCAGCUGGAUGUGUUAGUCACCAGUGACCCCUGGCCGAGGUGUUCCUGUCUCUCCAGUCUCAUUAUCUUGCCUGUAUUGAUCCUCCAGAAGGUGGAGAACGGAGACCUGAGCAACAAGAUUCUGAAGAUCACUGAUUUCGGCCUGGCUCGAGAAUGGCACCGAACCACAAAGAUGAGCGCAGCGGGAACAUAUGCUUGGAUGGCACCCGAAGUCAUUCGUGCCUCCAUGUUUUCCAAAGGCAGUGAUGUGUGGAGCUAUGGGGUGCUGCUUUGGGAGCUCUUGACUGGCGAGGUGCCCUUCCGAGGAAUCGAUGGCUUAGCCGUGGCUUAUGGAGUGGCCAUGAACAAGCUCGCCCUCCCCAUUCCUUCUACGUGCCCAGAACCUUUUGCCAAACUCAUGGAAGACUGCUGGAAUCCUGACCCUCAUUCACGACCAUCUUUCACAAAUAUCCUGGACCAGCUAACUACCAUAGAGGAGUCCGGCUUCUUUGAGAUGCCCAAGGACUCCUUCCACUGCCUGCAGGAUGACUGGAAACAUGAGAUUCAGGAGAUGUUUGACCAACUCAGGGCCAAAGAAAAGGAGCUCCGCACCUGGGAGGAGGAGCUGACGCGGGCUGCGCUCCAGCAGAAGACCCAGGAGGAGCUGCUGCGGCGCCGCGAGCAGGAGCUGGCCGAGCGGGAGAUCGACAUCCUGGAGCGGGAGCUCAACAUCAUCAUCCACCAGCUGUGCCAGGAGAAGCCCCGGGUGAAGAAACGCAAGGGCAAGUUCAGGAAGAGCCGGCUGAAGCUCAAGGAUGGGAACCGCAUCAGCCUCCCUUCCGAUUUCCAGCACAAGUUCACGGUUCAGGCCUCCCCCACCAUGGAUAAAAGGAAGAGUCUCGUCAACAGCCGCUCCAGUCCUCCUGCGAGCCCCACCAUCAUUCCUCGCCUUCGAGCCAUCCAGUUGACACCAGGUGAAAGCAGCAAAACCUGGGGCCGGAGCUCAGUCAUCCCAAAAGAGGAAGGGGAGGAGGACGAGAAGAAGGCCCCCAAGAAGAAAGGACGGACGUGGGGGCCAAGUACGCUUGGUCAGAAGGAGCUUGCCUCAGGAGAUGAAGGAUCCCCUCAGAGACGUGAGAAAGCUAAUGGUUUAAGUACCCCAUCAGAAUCUCCACAUUUCCACCUGGGCCUCAAGUCCCUGGUAGAUGGAUACAAACAGUGGUCGUCCAGUGCCCCCAACCUGGGGAAGGGCCCGAGGAGUAGCCCAGCCCUGCCAGGGUUCACCAGCCUUAUGGAGAUAGAGGAUGAGGACAGCGAAGGCCCGAGGAGUGGGGAGAGUCGCCUACAGCAUUCACCCAACCAGUCCUACCUCUGUAUCCCAUUCCCUCGUGGGGAGGAUGGAGAGGGCCCCUCCAGCGAUGGAGUCCACGAGGAGCCCACCCCGGUCAACUCAGCCACCAGUACCCCGCAGCUGACGCCCACCAACAGCCUCAAGCGGGGUGGCACCCACCACCGCCGUUGCGAGGUGGCUCUGCUCGGCUGCGGGGCUGUUCUCGCAGCCACAGGCCUAGGGUUUGACCUGCUGGAAGCUGGCAAGUGCCAGCUGCUUCCCCCGGAGGAGCCUGAGCCACCAGCCCGGGAGGAGAAGAAGAGGCGCGAGGGUCUUUUCCAGAGGGCCAGCCGUCCUCGCCGGAGCACCAGCCCCCCAUCCCGGAAGCUCUUCAAGAAGGAGGAGCCCAUGCUGUUGCUAGGAGACCCCUCUGCCUCCCUAACGCUGCUUUCUCUCUCCUCCAUCUCGGAGUGCAACUCCACCCGCUCCCUGCUGCGCUCGGACAGUGAUGAGAUCGUGGUGUACGAGAUGCCUGUCAGUCCGGUCGAGGCCCCCCCGCUGAGCCCUUGCACCCACAACCCCCUGGUCAACGUCCGAGUGGAGCGCUUCAAACGAGACCCUAACCAGUCCCUGACUCCCACCCACGUCACCCUGACGGCCCCCGCGCAGCCCAGUGGUCACCGGCGGACUCCUUCUGACGGGGCCCUCAAGCCAGCGGCUCUCCUCGCCAGCAGGAGCCCCUCCAGCAAUGGCUUGAGCCCCAGCCCUGGAGCAGGAAUGUUGAAAACCCCCAGCCCCAGCCGAGACCCUGGUGAAUUCCCCCGUCUCCCUGACCCCAAUGUGGUCUUUCCCCCAACCCCAAGGCGCUGGAACACACAGCAGGACUCCACCUUGGAGAGACCCAAGACCCUGGAGUUUCUGCCUCGGCCGCGUCCUUCUGCCAACCGGCAGCGGCUGGACCCUUGGUGGUUCGUGUCCCCCAGCCAUGCCCGUAGCGCCUCCCCAGCCAACAGCUCCAGCACGGAGACGCCCAGCAACCUGGACUCCUGCUUUGCUAGCAGCAGCAGCACUGUGGAGGAACGGCCCGGACUUCCGGCCCUGCUCCCGUUCCAAGCGGGGCCGCUGCCUUCUGCCGAGCGGACGCUUCUGGAUCUGGACGCAGAGGGCCAGAGUCAGGACAGCACUGUGCCGCUGUGCAGAGCUGGACUGAACACACACAGGCCUGCCCCAUAUGAGAUUCAGCAAGAGUUCUGGUCUUAGCGUGAAAAGGGUUGGGGGCGGCCAAGGGGGAAGCAGGAGGAGAUCGGGGGAGCAGGCUGGCACAGCCCUUUCUCAGAGUUGGACCCCCUGAAAUCCAGCCCUACUUCUUGCACUGAUAAUGCACUUUGAAGAUGGAAGGGGUGGACGCAGGGCCACUUCAGAGGGUCCCGUGCCCUGCAGGGCCUUUCUACCCAUGUCCACUGGAAGGGGCUGUGGCCAUCAGCUCUGGCUGUGUAGGGGAGGGAGGGGUGCGUGCAUGUCCCCCACCCUCCACAGUCUUCCUCGCCUUUAGGGUGACCCUGCAGGGUCACUCAGCCAAAUCUGUCUGCUGCUCCCUCUCCUCAGCCCCCCAGGGAAGCCCAGAGCCUGUCCUGUAGUCCUUUUGUUAGCCCUGAGUUUCGCCUUCCCAAACACCAGUAUUGGAUACUCCACGAUUGAUUUUGUUCCUCUUCCACAUUCUUCCCCGACACCCACAAAUCAGAAUCUCAUUUGGGGUGAGAUAGGAGCUUUUCCAUGUCCUCAGCCCUUACGUGCCAGCCGGAGGACGGAAGGCACGGUGCCUGGUGUGGGGCGCAGGAGUUGACGGACCUGGCACUUACCUGCCUGCAAUUCCAGGCGCCCCCCUGAUUAAUUUGAGCCUCGCAGGGGUAAGGGGACCUGCCUCAGUGAGAACUGGGGGGAGGAGGAGGAGGAGGAAACCCAGAGUCUAGUGGCAGCCAAGAGGCUCACAGAGUCUGUCCUUGUUCCUUUUGGAAACAUGCAAAUCCGGGCAGAAACCAGCACCUGUUGAUGGCAUCCAUCUCCUACCUGGGGUCUGGACGCGGCCAGACCAGUUUCUGCCACAACCAUGCUCAAUCCCAGGGAUCGUUUCUUGGGAGACUCACUCACCAGUGCCAGUUCUGAAUCAGAGACAAAGUUCCUGUGUCUGUCUGUUUUGUUGUCUGCUCUUUAUGUGGUCUGCCUUCCCUUGUUCUUUCCUCUCAUCCCCGGGAUCUGUGGACUUCAGCUUAUGUGUGGUUGGUAGAGACUUGGCACUGCUCCAAAAGAGCAUGGGGGGGGUGGGG